GUCUCUCUCGCUGUCUCACACACACACACCCACACGCGCACACUCUCUGCAAGAUGAAUGUCAGUCGCGCAUUGAAGGUGGCCACGCUUUUCUUAUUGCUGGCGCUGUUUGCCGUAGCUUCAGCGAAGAAGUCAGGCGACGUAACUGAGUUACAGAUCGGCGUAAAGCAUAAGCCUGAAUCUUGUGAAAUCCAGGCUCAUAAGGGAGAUAGAAUCAAAGUACAUUAUCGGGGAAAACUCACAGAUGGAACUGUUUUCGAUUCCAGCUUUGAAAGGGGUGAUCCAAUUGAAUUUGAGCUUGGCAGUGGUCAAGUUAUCAAAGGAUGGGACCAAGGACUUUUAGGAAUGUGUGUAGGCGAGAAGCGUAAGUUGAAAAUACCUGCAAAACUUGGUUACGGGACUCAGGGUUCCCCACCUAAGAUCCCAGGUGGAGCAACCCUAAUAUUUGACACACAGCUUGUUGCAGUGAAUGGAAAAACAUCAAGCGGAGGGAAAGCAAGUGAUAGUGAGCUAUAGUCACUAGACAGAGCAGCUGGUCCUUUUUGUUUUUCAUAUUUUUCCUGGUAGCUUUUUCUGAUUGGUCAAAACAUUGUCACUGAUACUAAACAAGCCAGACAAUAGUUGGAUGUUUCAUUGUUGAGAUAACUACUUUUCUGGCCACAUAACUAGGCUGUUGUUUUUUAAUUAGAACCUUCAUGCAGUUCAGAACUGAAGUGGUGAUAUUGGUUUUUUUA